AUGGGAAAUAUCACCAGUCUCGAGCUCAGGGCCGUUCAGUUGACAUUCCACGAAUUCUCCAUCUUCCUCGGCUCUCCUCAUUUGACCCACCUCAAACUUGCUGAGCUCGUCAUUGCAGAAUAUGCCGAUCCAGCGGCCAAUGGUGAGGACGGUGUGGACUUUUCUUCCCCCGACUGCAACCUUCCUCAGCCACAGUCGGCUUUGAAUCGCCCUGUACAAGACCUCCGGUUGGACAUAAACACGACAUCCGAUGUGGUCGUUAUGGACUUGGUUGCAACCUCACGAUAUUCUAUCAUCGCUAAGGACUCCUUGGCCAAAGGGUUCCAUGACCCAUAUCCAUUUCCUACAGAUAGCAGCGAAUUCGACCCACUGAAAUUUGACACGUUCAAGGCUGUCGAAUUGCGUUUCGGUAUCAAUCCCGGCGACUGGCAAUUUCCCUCAGAGUUCCAGUGGUGGGCCAACUCGUUGAGCGCUGUUCGUGUCGGCGCUCCACUCAAGGAGUUGCAUUUGAUAAUCACCUUCCAAUCUCAUCUCAACGUUAAUGACCUCCCGGAAGUGGCAAUGCCCGGUUGGUGCAAUUUUGACGCCGCUCUCUGCGGCAGGAACCUGGCUCUGAAUUAUCUGGCUAUCAGUAUCGCGGCCGUGCAGACCUUAAAUGCACAGGAGAAGUCAAUCGUGGAACGUUGGUUCUUCGCUUGGGUUCCGGGUAUAUAUGAGAAAUAUUUUGCAGAAGGAAGGGGGGAAACCGCUCAUCUGGACGUUUCUUCUGUGCUAGGUGGAGUAUAUGGUACGAAUGAUGCCGUGUAUCGUGGCGACAUUCAUAUGUACUAA